UCACAUACACACAAACGCUCGCCGGGGGCAAUAACACAUACACUGACUUGAGAAGUCAGUGAGAGGCCAAUACACCGUGUGAUUGUCCUUAUGACUCAAUCAGUGGAAGUUGCUGAGUGGAGGACGGGUCAUAAUAAUAGCUGGAACGGAGUGAAUGGAAUGGCAUCAAACAUAUGGAAAUCAUGUGUUUGACAUAUCUGAUACCAUUCCACCUAUUUCCCUUCAACCAUUACCACAAGCCCACCCUCCCCAAUUAAGGUGUCGCCAACCUCCUGUGGACUCAAUCUUCAAAGUUAUAUAUAGAGAUAAAGUGCGUAUCAUAAGUAUUCACCCCCUUGUGUUGCAUUUCAAAGUGGGAUUCAAAUUGAUUUCAUUGUGAUUUUUUGUCGUCACUGAUCUAUACAAAGUACUCCAUAUUGUCAAAAUGAUAUUUUUGUUUGACAAAUUAAUAAAAAAUGUAUUACUAAAAUGUUUUGGUUGCAGAAGUAUUCCCCCCCUUUGUUAUGGCAAGACUAAAUAGUAAGUUCAGGACUAAAUAGUAAGUUCAGGACUAAAUAGAAAGUUCAGGAGUAGAAAAGUGCUCAACAAGCCACAUAAUAAGUUGCAUGGAUUCUGUGUGUGUUAAGUUUAAAAAAAAAUGACUAACCCAUCUCUGUACCACACACAAACAAUUAGCUGCAAGGUCCCUCAGUUUAGUAGUGAAUUUCAAGCACAGAUUCAACAAAAAAGACCAGGGAGCUUUUUUUUCUUAACAAUGCCUUGUUAAGAAGGGCAAAAAAGGGUAGAUGGGCUAAAAUAAAAAACGAUGAUGAAUAUCCUUUUGAGCAUGGUGAAGCUAUUGAUUAGGCUUUGGAUGGUGUAUCAAUACACCCAGUCACUACAAAGAUACAGGCGUCCUUGCUAACUGAGUUGCCAGUGAGAAAGGAAAUCUCUCUGGGAUUUCAUUAUAAGGUCCUUGGUGAUUUGAAAACAGUUAGAGUUUAACGGCUGUGAUAGUUUUCUCCUGAGUCUGGAUCAACAGUGUAGUUACUAUACAAUAAUAACCUAAAUGACAGAAAAAAAAAGUGUGUACAGAAUACAAAUAUUCCAAAACAUGCAUUCUGUUUGCAACAAGGCAGAGUAAUACUGAAAAAAAUCUGGCAAAGGAAUAAACUUUUUGUCCUGAAUACAAAGCGUUAUGUUUGGGGCAAAUCCAACAACACACCACUGAGUACCACUCUCCACAUUUUAAGAAUGGUGGUGGCUGCGUGAUGUUAUGGACAUGCUUGUCAUCGGCAAGGACCAAAUAUUGCACAAUCAAGGUGUGCAUAGCUACCCAAAAAGACUCAACAGCUGUAAAUGCUGCCAAAAGGUGUUUCUAACAUGUAUGGACUCAGGGGGUGAAUACUUAUCUAGUCCAUAUCCACUGAGUGUACAAAACAUUAAGAACACCUACCCUUUCCAUGACAGACUGACCAGCUGAAUUGACGUGAACGCUACAGUAUGAUCCCUUAUUGAUGCAACCGGUUAAAAGCCACUUCAAUCAGUGUAGAUGAAGGGAAGGAGACAGGUUAAAUAAAGAUUUUUAAGCCUUGAGACAAUUGAGACAUUGAAUGGCACACACACACAAUCCGAGGGUGAAUGGACAAGACAAAAUAUGGAAGUGCCUUUGAACAAGGUAUGGUAGUAGGUACCAGGCGCACUGGUUGGAGUGUAUCAAGAACUGCAACGCUGCUGGGUUUUUCACACUCAACAGUUUCCUGUGUGUAUCAAGAAUGGUCCACCACCCAAAAGACAUCCAGACAACGUGGCACAACUGUGGGAAGUAUUGGAGUCAACAUUGGCCAGUAUCCCUGUGGAAUACAUUUGACACCUUGUAGAGUCCAUACCCUGACGGAUUGAGGCUGUUCUGAUGCAAAAAGGGGUGCAAUUCAACAUUAGGAAGGUGUUCCUAACGUGUUGUGAACUCAGUGGAUAUUAGUGUUAUAUUUUUCAAUCAUAAAAAAUAAAAUGUUUCAUCCAGUUUGACAUUAGAGUAUAAUUUAUCCAGUUUGACAUUAGAGUAUAAUGUGUAGCUCAUUGCCAUUUUUGAAUUAAAUCCAUUUUAAUCACACUUUGUAACACAAUAAAAUGUGAAUAAAUCCAAGGGGGUUGAAUUAUUGAUAGGCACUGUAUUUAAUUAUAUGGUGUUGUAUCAGUGGUAAAAGGAUCAUACAAAAGGUUAAUGAAUCUCAAUACCAUUUUUGUCGGGUUAAGUAACAUGUAUAGCCUACUGGAAUCAUGGCUGAUUUGGAACAUAGUAGCCAUUUUGUGUCAAAACACAGGAAGAAUAUACCAUGCAUGUUUGUCUGUGCCAGUGUCUCUGGGGUGUAAGGCGGUCCCAGGGCAGUACUAUGACAGGCUGUUGAAGAGGUGUCUGAGGUGUGCUGCGGUGUGUGGCAGCCAUCCCUCAGAGUGUUCCCACCAGUGUCAGACCCAACAGUCUGCCUUGAAUGGAAUCUUGAGGCCUGUGGAUGGGAAUGCCUUCCAGAACCAUACCAUCAGGGGGGGCUACCUACCCAGAGGCCUGCCCUACUCAACCAUCCUGGUGUACUCUCUGCUGGGCCUGUGUCUGACUCUGCUGCUGUUGACCCUGUCUGUGGCUCUGCUGGUGCUGCUGAGGAGGCCCCCCCGACCAGGGGCCACACAGAACAGUCACACCCAGGGUCAUGAAGGUCAGAAGGGCCAAGAGCCUAACCAGAACACCCAGUCCUCCAAAGACUGCCCGAUGGAUCCAUCCCUGCUCCAGAUAAACAGUGUGACACUGAGACGUUCAUCCAGCCCCACAGAGACUUGUGUGUGUGUCCACUGCUUCCCUGACCUCGGAGUGCCUGGCAGGGGAGAGAAGCAGCAGAGACCCCCACUCACCCUCUACCAGCAGGCUGUCCCCCAGGACCUCCACUCUCCGACCAGAGCCCCUCAGUGUGGAUCAUCACCGCGAAUCAUUUGCUCCCCCAGUCAGCCCAGCUUCUGAUUGCAGAACUGAACCAGACUGGACACUAAAUAAAUAAACAACUCAGGACAGAUCUGAUACCGCCCACUCCAGGGUGAAGUUUCCCCUAAGUACAGAUCUAGGAUCAACUUCUACUCCCUAAUCCUAACCUGAACAAUUAGUGGGGGGGAGAAAAACUGUCCCAAGAUCAGAUGUGUGAGCAGUCUGGAGAGCAGAAAUUAAUAGGUGGUGAAGGAUACAGGAGAAACUGGAGUGAGACAGAAGCGAGUGACAUAGAACAUUAUAUACAGUGGGGAGAACAAGUAUUUGAUACACUGCCGUGUAGAGCAUGUAGAGGUCUGUAUUUUUUUUAUCAUAGGUAAAAAUUACAGACCUCUACAUGCUUUGUAAGUAAGAAAACCUGCAAAAUCGGUAGUGUAUCAAAUACUUGUUCUCCCCACUGUAUGCCUGUACAGAUGUUGGAUAUUCAUUUGAGCCAGUUUUCUACAGCAGGAAACUAAUCCUGCAGCAACAAGAAAUGUGAAUUAUGUGGAUUAUAAUUAAUGGACAUUUUUGUAGUGGUUGAUACAUUUUUCAAUAGGGAAAAUCACGUCUGACAUUUUAAAAUGGAGAUUUUAAAAACCUUUUAAAAGCUUUUUAAAAACCUUGAA